CAAUGGAUAGUAGAAAUAUACUGGCCUUAGUGCUGAUUUCUGCACACCUAAUCCUUAUUGCUAGGUGUGUAGAUGAGCCUAGGCCCCUUUGCAUCUCUCAAUUUGCUCUUGCUAGCUCAGCAUGUGCCCUAAUCCCUUUUAACCCCCCGACUGACCACAGCCACGACCACGAUCACGACCACGACCAUGACGACCACCACCAUGACCACCACCACCACCACGACUAUGGCCACCAUGGCCAUCACCACGACCAUGGCCACCAUAGGAGGCACCAUGCCUCCAGUUGUUGCCGGUGGCUUCGCCAAAUCGACAAUGCAUGUGUGUGUCACGUCCUGAACCGUUUGCCCGUCUUUCUUAGUAAGCCAAGCAGCAGCAUCACCCUGACCCCAGAUGAAUAUUGUUCUGUCACGUACAGGUGCCCUAGAGUAUAG